AUGACCUUAAGCGCAACGUCCAUGACCUCUGCCAUGUCGAUGGCUACGGCUUCCGCGACAGCAUCAAGUGGAAUGGAUGUGGCACCCAACGCUUGCAAGAUCUCGAUGACUUGGAACCGGUACACCGUUGGAGCCUGCUUCAUCUCCAAGACAUGGCGAGUCUCCUCCGCUGGCAUAUUUGGCCUCUAUUGCAUCGGCGUCAUUCUGCUCGUCAUCUCUCUCGAGUUCCUCCAACGAGUCCAGCGCGAGUAUCAGGGCUCGAUUCGCCGCAAAGACCAGAAUGCUUACGCCCUGGUCGCCGUUCGACACCCUGAGAAUGGGGCUUCUGCCUCGUGUGAGCAGGAAGCAGAUCCUGGAACAGAUCCUGGAAGGACAACAGCGAUGUUAAAUCCACCGCUCCCUACAAGACCACUUCUUCCCAAACAUCGAUCCGUGAACCCAAUGACCCUGGUCCAACGCCAGUUCGUGUGCUCUCUUCUUCACAUGGUGCAGUUCGGCGUGGCAUACUUUAUCAUGCUGUUAGCUAUGUAUUUCAACGGUAUAUCCCGUCUCCUUCUCCUCCUUCAUCGUCUUCCAUAUCUGCAGCAUAUAGUCGCCAUGGCAAACAACUCGUGA